GAAAAGGUACACAGAGCCAACACGCCAGCACUAGGUAGCUUCCGCCGGCGGCAUGGCGGGGCAGGGACAGCGGUUGAACGUGGUGCCGACGGUCACGGUGAUGGGCAUGAUCAAGGCGCGGCUGGCGGCGGCCACCCGCGGCCACGCGCUGCUCAAGAAGAAGUCGGACGCGCUCACCAUGCAGUUCCGAGCCAUCCUCAAGCGCAUCGUGGCCGCCAAGGAGGCCGUGGGCGACUCCAUGCGCGGCGCCUCCCUCUCCCUCGCCGAGGCGCUCUACGUCGCCGGCGGCCCCCUCCGGCAUGUCAUCCAGCAGUCCGUCACCGGCCCAGCCCGCCUCCGCGUGCGCGCUCACCACGACAACAUCGCCGGCGUCCGCCUCCCCUGCUUCGAGCACUUCAUGGACGGCGCCGGCGCGAGGGCGCCGUUGCUCGCCGGGCUCGCGGGCGGCGGGCAGCAGGUGUCAGCCUGCCGUGCGGCGCACGUCCGCGCCAUCGAGCUGCUGGUGGAGCUGGCGUCGCUGCAGACGUCGUUCCUGACGCUGGACGAGGCGAUCAAGACGACCAACCGGCGCGUGAACGCGCUGGAGCACGUAGUGAAGCCGCAGCUGGAGAACACCGUUACCUAUAUCAGGGGCGAGCUUGACGAGCAGGAGAGAGAGGAGUUCUUCCGUCUUAAGAAGAUUCAGGCCGUCAAGCAGCGGGAGCUGGAGCGCCAGAUGGAGUCCGCAAAGCUGUACGCCGGGGAGAAGGUCGCUGGCGAGGUCGCACUCAAGCGCGGCGUCUCCCUCGGCACCGCCGCCACCAUGCUGGACAAUGGAGACGGCCAGAGGGACGAAGACAUCAUUUUUGGAUACACCUGAUCCGGAAGCUAGCUACUGUGACGUAUCAGUACUAGGAGUAUUUUGCAUGCAAAAAGUCCGGUAAAAAUAUAUUGAGUUCCUCUCAUUUGAAAUUCCUUUGAAAUUUGCAGAAUACUAUUCCCUCCAUUCCUAAAUAUUUGUCUUUCUAGAGAUUUCAACAAGUGACUACAUACGAAGUAAAAUGAGUGAAUCUACAUUCUAAAAUAUGUCUACAUACAUCCGUAUAUUGUAGUCCAUUUGAAUGUCUAGAA